CGUCAAUGUCUCAAUUUGGAAUGGCAAUGGCUGAAGUGGGUGGAAUUUGAAGUUUGUUUUAGACGGUAAAUUUCAAGAAAAUGAGUGCAAACAAAAUUUUAGAGGUUCUCUGCCUAAAUGGUCGAAGACAGAAGGUUAAGAUAUCAUCAAGUUCAAGUAUUUUGCAGGUCCUACAAGAAGUAUGCAAAAAGCAAGGGUUUAAUGAAGCUGAAGUUGACUUGAUUUAUCACAGAAAAGUCUUAGAUGUGACAAAUACAAUGAGAUAUACAAAUAUCCCAAACAAUGCUAAAUUAGAAAUGAUCAAGAGAGUCACUCCUCGAAAAGCUACAAAUGUAAAUGUUGCGCUACAGACUGACUUUGAUCAAAGACUUCAGCAUGAGUUUAGCCCUUCUUUGACACUCUAUGAAAUCUUAGAACACUGGGAGAGCAAUUCUGAAGGGAUAUAUAAAGGAAAAAUUAUUUGCAAAGUUCCUGUUGUAAUUCACAUGACUCAAGAGAUAUGUGGAAUAAAAAAUCUAAAGGAUACAACACUUGAAAGCCUUGGCUUAAUAAGAGGAAACAUAGUGCUAAGAUUAGUACAUAGGGAAGAAGAGAGCUGCGGAACAUGCUCGUUGUCUGAAGAUUCAGUUGAAACUGCAAAAGUAAGGCAAGAGCAACAAAAAGUGUUUAUACGCAGUCAGGAUCAGGCGCAACCGUCUAAACCAACAAAUGUUGACGUAACUACUUCAGGGUGCAAUGUUCUAGAGUCAGCAGCUCAAACAUCUCAGAGCAGUGCAGAGGUUUCUUUCCAAAAGGAAAAUUCAGUUGAGCCCUCACAAAAAAGGCCGAAACUGCAAGAGGAGAGCUCCGUCGAAAAGGCACCAGACGUUGGUGGUGUGCCACUGGCCGAGGCCCUUAAAGACGAGGACAUACACAGAGUGACACAGACCGUUCGACCAUUCCAGCAGUUUAAGGUGAGGGGUAAUGAAUAUUGUCUGCCAAUAAACCUUAUCGGCGCAUAACUCUUUCACUGGCGUUUAAAUUGAAAGAAAAGAGGAUAAACAGACAUUUCUGCAACUAGGAACUGAAGGAGGUGAAAGAAAGAACUGGCUUGAUUGUUGCUGUAAAUUCAAACUAUGAUUUGAAGGCUCGUUUUCGGUCCUCAGUAAAACUGAUACCGGCCGACUGGCGUUUUUUUACCUGCCAUGUAACCGAAAAAUAAACUAAAGUUGAAAACCUGACAGUGUAAAAACAAAAUAAGUUGUUAUUCUAUUGUUUGCUCCAAUCUUUGUCGGCUGAAAUCCUUUUCUCUUUAUCACAGAUUGCGUCUAACCGGCCUGGCCAGAGACUCGUGUAAAUAGGACUGGUUAAUAAUCCAGUUUUAUUGUAUUGUUAAAUUCAACGGGCUGGCACUUCUAACAUCCUCUACACUUCCUCCUUGUGUGAAUCAUAUACGACACUUUAAAUACAAACGAUAUAGAGCCGAAGAAUAUUUUGCUAUUCACCUUUUCAGACAGUUAAAAAUUCAAACGCUUAUCAAUCCAAGUGUACUGUUGCAUGCAAGGGCAUGUAAACAAGAUCAGGUUUCAUUUUAUCAGUUAGCAUUCUUACGUCUAUGCAAGGACAUGCAGAGAUUUGUAUCAUAUUUUUGUUCCUGUGAACUUUGAUUUUGUAUCUCCAAUUCAUUCGUGCUAAUACAUUCUACUGUUUGCUUUGGUUGCGGUGCUAGCCAUCGCGAUCUUUGGGGACAAAUAAAUUUUUUUAGGCUAUGCCCUUUGAGCUGACUAAUUUGUGGUUACGUAAGACACGUUCAAAAUCGUGGAAUUACGUCACAAAGAAUUCUUGCCAAAAAACUUUUACCUCAUCCACCAUUCGUAUUGAAUUUAGACAGGUAAAAAAUAAUGCGUGACCUCGUUAGAUAUACAGGGCCAUAUUUCAUUUUUGAUUAUUGAUGUGACAAUUGUCGUGUUGCCUCGACCUUCUCGUGUUCCUUUCACCGUUACUGGAAGUACUUCAUCCACAAGCGAUUGAUAUCACAACUGCAUGAUAUUACGGAAGAAGAUUAUGACGUGAAGUUUAUUGAAUAUCUUUAAACUGGUGGGAUAGACGAGAAAGAAUCCGAGGGUUACUUUUCAUAGGCGAUGAAGAUGGCCUUAUUUUUGCCUGUUGCAAUACAGAAACAAGCAU